AUGUACAGUAACUGCAGUGUGGUGCUGCAAAAUCUGGAGAUCACUCAUAUGCAACAGAACCAUGACCUCACUUUCCUUAGGAGCAUCGAAGAAGUUGGUGGGUAUGUCCUCAUAGCAGUCAAUUAUGUGAAUGUAAUACCCUUGGAAAACCUCCGUCUGAUCCGGGGACACACCCUUUAUGAAAAAAAAUUUGCCCUGACUGUGAUUGCCAACUAUGACAAAAACAACUCUUCUAUUAACCCCGACAUCACCGACGGAUUGAGGAAUCUCCCUCUACGCAGUUUAAGGGAGAUUAUAAAAGGAGGAGUAAAGAUUGCCUAUAACCGGAUGCUUUGCAACAUAGAGACGGUUCAAUGGCAGGACAUUGUGAGUGAGAAGAGAAGCAGUAUGCAAAUAAUAUCAGGAGGCACUGACUCUCAAUGUACGAAAUGUGACACAGCUUGCUAUAAUGGAUCGUGUUGGGCACCAGGACCAGAAAACUGCCAGAUCUUGACCAGGCUUAACUGUGCAGAGCAAUGUACACAUAGAUGCAAAGGACCUAAGCCCAUAGACUGCUGUAAUGUACAUUGUGCUGUUGGUUGCACUGGACCAAGACCUACAGACUGCCUGGCCUGCAGAGAUUUCAGCGAUGACGGAAUAUGCAAAGAUGCAUGUCCCCGUCUCAUGUUAUAUAAUCCAAACACUCACCAGCUUGAAGUAAAUCCAGAGGGGAAAUUCAGCUUUGGAGCCACCUGCGUAAAAAGCUGCCCUUACAACUACAUAAUGACAGAUCAUGGGGCUUGUGUCCGCACAUGUACUGAAAACACACAAGAAAUAGAGGAGAAUGGAAUUAGAAAAUGCAAAAGUUGUAAUGGACCGUGUCCAAAAGUUUGCAAUGGACUUGGAAUGGGAGAACUUGAUGGUGUCAUCUCAGUCAAUGCAACUAACAUCGACACCUUCAAGAACUGCACUAAAAUAAAUGGACACAUCUCAAUAAUGGUACCUACAUUUCAUGGUGAUCGCUAUACAAAUACACCUGCAAUGGAUCCUGAAAAACUGGACUAUUUCAAGACAGUGAAGGAAAUUACAGGGUUUCUAGUGAUACAGUCUUGGCCAGAAAACCUCAACUCACUGAGUCCAUUUGAAAAUCUUGAGAUCAUCAGAGGCAGAACCAAGCUACAGGCCAGAGUUAGUUUUGCCGUCUUGAACAUCCCCCAUUUAGAAUACCUUGGACUGCAGUCUCUGAAGGAGAUCAGCGAUGGUGAUGUGGUCAUAAAGAACAACUUUCGGCUAUGCUAUGUUGAUGGCAACCAAUGGCAGACACUCUUUAGAUCUGACCAACAGAGCAUAUACAUUAAAACCAAUAAACCUGCCAGUACAUGUGAGUUACAGAAUCAUACCUGCAAUGCAAUGUGUACCGAGGAAGGCUGCUGGGGUCCAGGAGCCUCCAUGUGCUUCUUCUGCCAGUACGUCAGCCGUAGGGGCCGCUGUGUGAGUGCGUGCAGUCUGCUGGAAGGAACACCUCGUGAGUUCAUGUCCAACAACAUGUGUUUUGAUUGUGACCAAGAGUGCAAGAUCCUCAAUGGAACCCCAAGUUGUUAUGGACCAGGAGCUGAUCAGUGUACCGAAUGUGCCCACUUUAAAGACAGAUUCACCUGUGUUCCCAGCUGUGCCCAACGUGUACAUGGCUUCAAUAACACACUCAUCUGGACUUACACUGACAAGAAUAGACAAUGUCAGCGUUGUCAUCCAGACUGCAUUCAAGGGUGUAGUGGGCCUGGACUGAAGGCAUGUCAUACACAAAGCUCCCAUGUGUCCCUGGCUGCAUUAGGCAUAGUAGGUGGGCUCCUUCUUAUGGUGUUGCUUGUCCUUUCCAUCUUCAUCCUGUUGCACCGAAGACGCAUCCGUAAAAAGAGGGCACUGCGUCGCCUACUGCAGGAGAGAGAGCUGGUGGAACCUUUGACUCCAAGUGGCAAGGCACCAAAUCAGGCCCUCCUUCGUAUCCUCAAAGAGUCGGAGUUUACGAAAGUCAAAGUUCUGGGAUCUGGGGCCUUUGGCACUGUCUUUAAGGGCUUGUGGAUUCCGGAGGGGCAGGAUGUAAAGAUUCCUGUAGCUAUUAAAGUUCUGAGAGAAGUCACUUCUCCGAAAGCUAACAAGGAUAUUUUGGAUGAAGCCUACGUUAUGGCUAGUGUGGACCAUCCACAUGUAUGUCGUCUGUUGGGAAUAUGCCUAACAUCUACAGUACAACUUAUAACCCAGAUUAUGCCUUUUGGGUGCCUACUGGAUUAUGUCAGAGAAAAUAAAAACAAUAUUGGUUCACAGACUUUACUCAACUGGUGUGUACAGAUUGCCAAGGGCAUGAAUUACUUAGAGGAGCAUCAUCUUGUGCAUCGUGACUUAGCAGCCAGGAAUGUGCUGGUGAAGAAUCCCAGUCAUGUGAAAAUCACAGACUUUGGCUUAGCCAAGCUGCUCACUGCUGAUGAGAAACAGUACCAUGCAAAUGGAGGAAAGGUGCCUAUAAAGUGGAUGGCUCUUGAAUCCAUCCUUCACUGGACAUACACACAUCAGAGUGAUGUGUGGAGUUAUGGGGUAACUGUGUGGGAACUCAUGACAUUUGGAUCAAAACCAUAUGAUGAAAUCCCAGCAAGUGAAAUCGCAAAUGUAUUGGAGAACGGAGAACGUUUACCACAGCCAUUGAUAUGCACUCUAGAUGUCUACAUGAUCAUGGUCAAAUGUUGGAUGAUCAAUGCUGACAGCAGACCUCACUUUCGCGAGCUCAUCACAGAGUUCUCCAGAAUGGCUAGAGAUCCAUCUCGUUACCUGAUCAUCCAGGGAGAUGAACAGAUGCAUCUGUCCAAUCCCACACUGGAUACUCAGUUCUACCGCAACCUGCUUGGUUUAGAGGAUAUGGAGGAUGUGGUUGAUGCUGAGGAGUACCUGCUGCCAUCUAAACUUGUCCUUAGCAACCUACAAACACCACAAUCACAGCAUCACAAUUCAUCUGGCUGCAUACAAAUGUCUGAGAACAGAGUGCCUCUGCGCUACAUCACUGAUCCAAUAGACUGCUUUCUGGACCAUCUGCCCCCAGAGUAUGUAAACCAGAACGUGAUCACACACAGUGAUUUGGUGAACCAGAACGUAAUCAGACACCAUGAUUUGGUGAACCAAAACUAUGAGAACACCAUUCCAAAGGGAGAAUAUAUUGGACCAUCUGGCAGCAAUAAACCAGAGCAGUUCCUAGGCAACUUGCGGAAUACGCUCAAGUCCACUGGUGCCAGUCUGGACAAUCCAGAAUACCAAGAGGACUUUUCCCCCAGCCAAAACUCUGACGGCGUCUUCCUACCUACAGCAACCCAAUUAGGGUAUCUAGGUUAA